UAGUAAAUGAUGGUCUUGUUUAAAGUCAAAUAGCCCUGGAUGCAUUUGGGCGUGGAGACUGUGUGAUUGACAGCUUGUAGCGUCCAAUGGGUGCAGGUAGCAGGUUAGGCUCCACCCCUGCUCUUCCAUAUAUAUGGUUACGUCUAAUUGGAAAAAAACCAAACAAAAUUCCAGACGUCUCCGUGCGUUGACAGUACAACUUGACGUUGGACGCAGACGACGAGCAAAGGUGAAGUCAAAAUGGAUCUCGAUGAUAAAGAAGUUCUCUCCGGAGAGAUUGUGCCUGUGGUGAUAAUUGGUAACGGUCCGUCAGGCAUCUGUCUGUCAUACCUGCUGUCAGGUUACACCCCCUACCUGUCGCCUGGGGCAUCGCACCCCAACCCCCUGCUGCACAGCAAGCUGGGAGAGCAGCCUCACCUGUCGCUGCUGGAGCAGGAUCUGGAGUACCUGUGUGAGGGGCUGGAGGGCCGGUCGACCAAUCCCAUGGCCGUGCUCUUUGAUUCGCUGCUGCUGCCUGACAGCGACUUCGGCCUGGACUACACCUCUCCACUGGAGUGGAGGUUCGAGCCCGAGCGGGCCAUCCCACACCUGGUGCUGGGGAAGGGUCCACCUGGAGGAGCCUGGCAUGCGAUGGAGGGCUCCAUGCUAACUCUGAGCCUGGCUAACUGGAUGGAGCUUCCCGGACUCAAACUGAAGGACUGGAUGAGAGAGAAGCGCAGAAAUGUUCGCAACGACCGCGCCACACCAGCCGAGAUAGCCUCCUACUAUCAACACUACGUUUCCCAGAUGUCCCUGGAGCAGAGCUUCGCCUGCGGGACCACCGUCACCUCGGUAACCAGGCAGCUCAGCAACCAGGAGGGGUCGCCGUCCUACUGGAGAGUGACGGGACUGCAGCGCCGCGAGGGGGAAGAGCUGGGAGACGGUUCCUCUGUUUCGGACGAGGUUCCUUUCUCACUCUUGGCCCACAAUGUGGUUUUGGCAACGGGGACCCACGACAUCCCAGCCAGACUCGGCGUGGAGGGCGAGUCCCUGCCAUUUGUCUGCCACUCUUUCUGGGAGCUGGAGGCGGCCAUCUCGAGUGGCGAGCUCGACCAGACGUCGGACGCCGUGCUGGUGGUGGGGGCGGGUCUCACGGCGGCUGAUGCAGUGCUGGCCACUCACCAUCUCAACACGCCCGUCUACCACGCCUUCAGACGGUCAGUCACGGACCCGGGUCUCAUCUUCAACCAGCUGCCCAAAGUUCUCUACCCAGAAUACCACAAGGUUCACCAGAUGAUGACUCAGCAGCAGCACCAACCGACUCCUCCCCCACAGGACCACGCCCAGAACACCGACUCCACCCCUUCCUCGCCCCCCUCUUCCUACUCGGGAUACCUGAGCUUCCCGUGUCACCGGGUCGUGGCGUUCAGACCAGACCGAAAGUGCAUCCUGGAGUCCGAGUCCGGCCAGCGGACAGUGGUCCAGGUCUCCAAGGCUCUGGUUCUUAUCGGCGCCCAUCCCAACCUUUCCUUUCUGGAGGACAACGGGCGUCAACUCGGCGUCAACACCAAAGAGCCGAUCACAUGCCGGAGGAACCCGAUCGAGGUGGACCCGUUCACGAGCAAGGUGGUCGCAGCAGAGGGGCCCGGCAUGUACGCCAUGGGGCCGUUGGUUGGCGAGAACUUUGUGAGGUUCCUGAAGGGAGGAGCGCUGGCUAUCGCUAGCGACCUCGCCAAGAGACUAAAAGAGGGGGGGGAAGGGGGGGAUUUGGCCACAGACACAUUAAUGGACAAAUGGCUGGACAGACAGACGACCACACAGACAGAGGGAGAGGCCUGUGUCGUGGACUCGUAGCAGGAUGUCAGGGACCGAGCAAUGAAAUGGACCGAAGCAAACUAAAGACACAGCUCACGUUUUACACUAAUCACAGAGUAGGGAAAUCGAACAUGCUGCUGAGGACAGACAAGAGACUCUACAGCUGGACUCUGGCAUCACCUCAGAUCUGGUUUGGCAAAAAAAAAAAAAAGCCGCCAGACCUGAGGAAUCCUGAAGGUUAUAAUCAGACAAAAAGCCGGAGCCGUGAAAGGGCAACGGGACGGUGACACUGUAAUGAAGGAAGUGACGGAGGGGGGACACAUCACAUGUGGGAGGAUGGUUAAUAAUCAGGAUUUUGCCUUAAAAUGACUUAAACACUUUCAAUCCUGUGUAAACGAACCGCCGAGAUUCUUCUUGGCUUCUGUUAUUUAUAUUUAUGCUGUGUGUGGGAGCACAUUUCUGCCCCUUAGGGUUAACUGCAAGUUAUUCUAAUGAGAAACUUUCUUAAAAUAAUGACUAAAUAUCUCAUUAUUAGGAUUUAAGGCUUCCAUAGCCGUGAAUUACUCAUGGUUUAAAUAAUAGGUUGUUUAUAAAGAUGGACGACAUGACAGCUCUCAAACUAUAAACCCAAAACAUCUUGAUCACCCCCUGGUGGCUGGAUGCAGUGUAGGUCAUAAACUCGCACCUCCUUCAGGAAGUGUUAGUGUAAGUCUUGAUUGACAGCUGAGGCUGACUCGUGAUUGGUCGAGCACGUGUAUAAUCGUUGGCUCUACACCACCGUCAGACUGAGGCCCCCAAGUGACAUCAAAAGCGUAAUAUGGCGCCACCUGUACCUGGGAUAUGUGAACUUUAUUUCUGGGCGGAUGCAGAGAUGUGUCGUCCAACUUUAUUUACAGGUUGAUCCCACACAAAGGAAACGUGCAAUCGAAAGCGGCAGAGAAAAAGUGAGAUGGUGACGAGACGGGGGAGGAAGUGGAGAGAAAAGGUAGAAGAGAAGAAGAAAUGAGAAAAGAAACCAAGUGAAGUGAUCUUUAACAUAUCGGCUUCUUAUCACUGAAAUAUCCUCGACCACUGCAGUUACUUCCAGGUUGAAGUUGAACCGUUCAGCCAAACUUCUUUUUUAUUUAUCAGUUUGCAACGAGGAUAAUUAAGAAGUUUCAUCAUCAACAGCUCGUGUCUUCACAAACUGACUAACAAUGAAUUCCUGCGUCUUUAUAUCAUAGUUUUUAUGUGAAUGUUUGUAUAUUAUGAGUUUUCUGUGUAGUGAAUCUGAACUGUUCUAUUUUUCCAUGUUAGCGUCAUUUUAUCAUGUAACUCAGCCUGAAAUUCUACCUGAUAUCUUUGUAAAUCUCCGUAAACAAAUAUUUUAUACUUAACAAAAGAGAAAUAUACGUAUAUAUAUAUACAUAGAUAUAUAUAUUUUAAAAUAUUCACUCAAAUUGUUGAAUUUGCAGCUGUUAAAUGAGAGAAAGACCAGAUAACCAGCACUGUUUCUGUAGCCCUGUGGACUUUAAUGUUAUUUCCUCAUGAGGCAUAAAACCACUUCUGUAACUUGAAAUGACAACAGGAGGGUUUUUAAAAAAGUCCUAUAAAGAAAGAUGAUUUUUAUCAUUACUUUACUUUGCUUCCUCAACAUGCGCCUUCCACUGUGUUUAUUAAUGUUUUGAUGAUCCGGUAAAAAAAAAAAUGCUCAUGAAAUGCUGAGCUUUAAGUUUUAAUGAAGUUCUUUUUUAAAAAGCUUGGAUCCGCCCCCUCGUCUGGAUCGGCACCGAACAGAAUCGCCUCUUCCCUGAGUCACGCGCCACCUUUCUACAACAUUUCAUACAAGUCGAGUAGUUUUGCGUGAUCCUGCUGACGACAAACCAACGCUAAUAAGAUUCACUUUUUUUU